CUGAGGUCUCCCGGUCAGCGCUCCCGCAGUUCUGGCAGCAGGAGAGUGGGCAGGUGCCCGCAGCGAGGGCAUCAUAGUGACUGCGCUGACGACAGGGCCACUGACCCGCGGGCGGCCGGCGAGCCGCGGCAGAUUCCGGGGUCGGCCCCAGCAGACAGGCUGCGCGGCUCGACUCUGCGGGAGCGCCUAAGUCAUCGGCAAUCUGGGGCUCAGGCUGUGCAGUUCUGGGUCCUCGGCCGCCCACAGGCGUCGGCGAAAGGCUGCCGCCCCGGCCGGGGACCAGGAAGCGUCGGGCAGCUGGCAAGGGCUCCCCGGGGACGCGCCACAGCCUCACAGCUGGCCCGAGUCUCCUGGGAGGCAGGGCUGGAAGGGCGGGGUGAAGGCCAGCUGUGGCCGCUUGGGAAGGACCGCCUCGCCUGCUCCCGACCUAAGUCAGAACACCUGGAUGACCGGUGCCUCCAGGACGCAGGUGCAGGUGAAACUCGCCCUGCCACAGCACCCUGCAUCUCCGCGGAGGCCCUCGGGAGCCCAGCGUGUCGGCUCAAAACGAGGAAAGAAAGGUUAAAGCCCGAGUUGCGACUCUUAAUCCCAGCGGGACAGGUGAGGGACACCAGCGCAGCUUGGGGAGGGUACCCGGCCAGGCUCCGCCCCUCGGGGGGCCGCUUACCCUCCCGGGAGGCGUGGCCUGCGGGCCGCCCAGCUUCUAGUGGGCGAGCGGGGAACUCGGGCCCCGCCCCCCCGCCUAUAAGGGCGGUGCGGCACUGCAGCUAGCGCAGUUCUCACUGAGACCCGUCACCCCGACUCAACGUGAGACGCACCGCCCGGACUCACCAUGCGUGAAUGCAUCUCAGUCCACGUGGGGCAGGCAGGUGUCCAGAUGGGCAAUGCCUGCUGGGAGCUCUAUUGCUUGGAACAUGGGAUUCAGCCUGAUGGGCAGAUGCCCAGUGACAAGACCAUUGGUGGAGGGGACGACUCCUUCACCACCUUCUUCUGUGAAACUGGUGCUGGAAAACACGUACCCCGGGCAGUUUUUGUGGAUCUGGAGCCUACAGUCAUUGAUGAGAUCCGAAAUGGCCCAUACCGACAGCUCUUCCACCCAGAGCAGCUCAUCACUGGGAAAGAGGAUGCUGCCAACAACUAUGCCCGUGGUCACUAUACCAUUGGCAAGGAGAUCAUUGACCCAGUGCUGGAUCGGAUCCGCAAGCUGUCUGACCAGUGCACAGGACUUCAGGGCUUCCUGGUGUUCCACAGCUUUGGUGGGGGCACUGGCUCUGGCUUCACCUCACUCCUGAUGGAGCGGCUCUCUGUUGACUAUGGCAAGAAAUCCAAGCUGGAAUUCUCCAUCUACCCAGCCCCCCAGGUGUCUACAGCCGUGGUCGAGCCCUACAACUCUAUCCUGACCACCCACACCACUCUGGAGCACUCAGACUGUGCCUUCAUGGUGGACAACGAAGCAAUCUACGACAUCUGCCGCCGCAACCUAGACAUCGAGCGCCCAACCUAUACCAACCUCAAUCGCCUCAUUAGCCAAAUUGUCUCCUCCAUCACAGCUUCUCUGCGCUUUGACGGGGCCCUCAAUGUGGACCUGACAGAGUUCCAGACCAACCUGGUGCCCUACCCUCGCAUCCACUUCCCCCUGGCCACCUAUGCACCAGUCAUCUCUGCAGAAAAGGCAUACCACGAGCAGCUGUCGGUGGCAGAGAUCACCAAUGCCUGCUUUGAGCCUGCCAACCAGAUGGUGAAGUGUGAUCCCCGGCAUGGCAAGUACAUGGCCUGCUGCCUGCUGUACCGUGGAGAUGUGGUGCCCAAGGAUGUCAACGCUGCCAUUGCUGCCAUCAAGACCAAGCGCAGCAUUCAGUUUGUGGACUGGUGCCCCACAGGCUUCAAGGUUGGUAUCAACUACCAGCCUCCCACUGUGGUGCCUGGGGGUGACCUGGCCAAGGUGCAGCGUGCCGUGUGCAUGCUGAGCAACACGACCGCCAUCGCCGAGGCCUGGGCCCGCCUGGACCACAAGUUCGACCUGAUGUAUGCCAAGAGGGCGUUUGUGCACUGGUAUGUGGGUGAGGGCAUGGAGGAGGGUGAGUUCUCCGAGGCCCGUGAGGAUAUGGCUGCCCUGGAGAAGGAUUACGAGGAGGUGGGCAUCGACUCCUAUGAGGACGAGGAUGAGGGAGAAGAAUAAAGCAGCUGCCUGGAGCCUAUUCACUAUGUUUAUUGCAAAAUCCUUUCGAAAUAAACAGUUUCCUUGCA